GUGCACGGCGUACAGGAAGACCUCCGCGUGGAUGGCCGUGGUUGUGAGGACUACCGAUGUGUCGAAGUGGAAACCGACGUGGUGUCCAACACCAGUGGGUCUGCCAGAGUCAAGCUGGGUCACACAGACAUCCUAGUGGGAGUGAAAGCAGAAAUGGGGACACCGAAGCUAGAGAAACCAAAUGAAGGUUACUUGGAGUUCUUUGUUGACUGUUCAGCCAAUGCUACUCCUGAAUUUGAAGGUCGAGGAGGUGAUGACCUUGGCACAGAGAUUGCUAACACCCUCUACCGCAUAUUUAACAAUAAGAGCAGCGUCGACCUGAAGUCCCUGUGCAUCAGCCCCCGGGAGCACUGCUGGAUUCUCUAUGUGGACGUGCUGCUGCUGGAAUGUGGUGGAAAUUUGUUUGAUGCCAUCUCCAUUGCGGUGAAGGCUGCCCUCUUCAAUACAAGGAUACCAAAAGUUCGUGUUCUGGAGGAUGAAGAGGGGUCGAAGGACAUUGAACUGUCUGAUGACCCUUAUGACUGCAUCCGGCUCAGCGUAGAGAAUGUCCCUUGUAUCGUCACCCUGUGUAAGAUUGGCUAUCGGCACGUGGUAGAUGCUACUCUUCAGGAGGAGGCCUGCUCUUUGGCCAGCUUGCUGGUGUCCGUGACCAGCAAAGGAGUCGUGACAUGCAUGAGGAAAGUAGGGAAGGGCAGCCUGGACCCAGAGAGCAUCUUCGAGAUGAUGGAGACCGGCAAGCGCGUGGGCAAGGUGCUGCACGCGUCCCUGCAGAGCCUGCUACACAAGGAGGAGAGCCUGGGGCCCAAGAGACAGAAAGUCGGAUUCCUGGGCUGAUGUGCAGUCAGACACCAACUGCAGAGUGUUUGUUUUCUACUUUUCCUUUAAGCUGAAGUUUGUAUAUAUUUUCCUUAACUAUUAUGAGUUUAAGACAACAUUUAUACAAGCACAAUUAAAGUCUAUUUUCUGGUCUGG